AUGGAUGUUGACAGUGAAUUCAGUUAUGAUGAUGACAGUGAUACUUUGGACCCAAGAAUUAAGGAGGAACUGGACAAUCUGAACACUUGUUCUGAUACAAUAAACAAACUAGGCAAUGAACUGCAGGCUGCUCGUGAAAAAUUUGAAAUGAACAAACGAAAGGCAAAGCACGCAGUGACCAAGAUGUACAAGUCCAUGGGCAGGAGGAAUGUCCAAAUGGCCAAGAAGUAUUACAUCACAUUGCAAGACAUUGAGAAGUUGAAAAGCAAUUUGCACAAGUCCACAAUAAACUACCACAACAUACAAACCCACUGUGAGCUAUCCAAAAAGAAAGUUGUGCAGCUGGAGAAGUUGCUGUCACAACAUGGCAACAAGUUGGACGUUGUGUUACUCGAUGAACUCAACAACGCCAACAUUCAGUUGACGAAAGGAAAGGUGGAAAUGUCGAAGGAGGACGAGGAACACAGCAAGAUGACGGGGAGGUUGUUUGUCUUGGAGAGGCAGCUGACAGAGGAACCAUUCUUUCAACUGAAGAAAGAGCUGGAGAAGAAGUUGAAAGCAGAACGUCAAAAUGCAGAAGACCUUCAUCUCGCCCUUAUCUGCCACCAACAGAAGUACAAGAUGACGUUGAUGACGUUGGAGAACAUUUCAAACGAGGAGCACAUGAGGAGGCAGUUGAUGAGCACCAUGUUGAUGGGCAUCAGAACUCCAGACAUAUCCAGCCAGCUAUCAACGGACGACGACAACGAGGACUACCCCGACGAUAAUGACUCUGCAUUCAGUGACUACGACCUCCAGAAGACAAUCACAAAUCUCGUCAGGGAACAGGAAAUACUUCAGUCAGACUCUGCAUCACUCAUUGAGACAAGUUCGCUAUCGAGGGUGACGAAUGUUAAAAUAGGUGCAGCAGACAUUGAUCUCUCCCUGGCACUUUCAACAACAUCAACAAUAACAAACACCCUACCAUCAACAAUUGCAACCUCAUCUAUAUUAAUCACAUCAACUGCAGCAACAACAACAACAGACGCAGCCACAACGGCAGCAGCAACAGCAGCUGCUGAUGCGUUGCCCAUGGUGAGGGAGGACAUAGAUGGUGCUGAAGACCACCUCACUCAUGAACAUCUCAACUAUCCCAACAACAACAACUACAACAAUUAUAGCUUUAAUAGAUAUGAAAACAGUUUCAACAAUGGUAGAGGAGAUAUCAGUAACAAAUUUGCAUUGAUAAAGUUAUCAAACUACACCAGCAACAAUAAGGCCAAACAUUUUUCCAUCUCAAUUAGUGACUCGUCAUCAGCGGCACUGAUGAACCAGCAACAACUUACCCUUCUUAGUCCCAUGAUGUUGCAGGUCACUAACAACAACAGCAAAAACAGUAGCAACAACAGUGGCAACAACACUGAGCCCGAAAGAUACAGAAUAAGGCUAGGCAAUAUCGAAAUCGCCUGUCAACUGAAUUUUUUAUUUAACGUAUCAUUUAGCAUCAGAGCUGACAUCAAAGAUGUCGAUUAUGUUACACAUUUUGUUUGCAUAUUUUUUCACAUUAUUUACUUCAUUUUAGACCAUUAA